AUGCAGCCCCACCAUUCAGUGCCCGGCGAAUCCACCCGCCUGGCGCUUCUACUCCGCCGGCCAUCACGUCCACCUACAGGUUGCCUUGCCGCCGAACCUCGCCGCGGCCUGGCUCGAAUCCUGCGCCUACGCGUGCCUCCCGCUGUGGAUCCACGCGACCUCCACCUCCUCCACGGCGCUCUCCUCCGUCGUCGACACCUCCUCCCGGCCGCCGACGCCGUUGCAGCGCUCGCCAAACUGCUCCACUUCGCCACGGUUUCCCCCACCUCCCACCUCUCCUUCUUCUAUAACACCCUCAUGCACGGACUCGCAGCAUCCUCCUCGCCCGGUGCGGCCAUCGAGCUCUUCACGGCGAUGCGCCACGCAGGCGCCGACCCUGACGCCUUCACUUUCACCUUCAUCCUCAAGUCUUGCUCUCGUUGCUAUUCGCCGGAGCGGUUACCUUUCGACCUCCACACCCAGUCUUUCAAGCACGGUUGCCUCGGCUGGCGCAGCGUGCACGCUCAUGUCCACAACGCGUUGCUGCACGCGUAUGCUUCUCAGGCUGUCAUGGAUGACGCGCGCAGGGUGUUUGACGAAAUGCCCAUCCGGGAUGCAGUCUCCUUCUCAGGGCUACUCACGGUUCACCUCAAAGCCAACAAUUUGGAUUCCGCGCACGUGGUGUUCAACAAGAUGCCUCACCAAGAUUGA